GUCUGAUAGCUUGAUCAUUUACGAGAGUCAGAUGUAGCUCGAUCGAUUUCAGGAAACGGCGCAGAUAAAGGCAGUUGAACGAACAACGAAGAUCGAUUCAACCCGCGGUUAAACUGUGGGGUAACCGCUGUCAAUACUGGCCCUUUUAUCCAGUUUUAAAGUGAUAUACUUUAAUGUUUUGUAUAUUUUCUAUUCAAGUUGAUAAUGCUGGAUGGUCGAACUGAUGAAGUUCACAAGAGACAUUUGCCGACUGCUGGGUAUUGGAGGCGAUGGGCCAGGUGAGCAGGAGGAGAUGGAGCGGGAGGGAGGAGGAGGAGGAGGAAGAGGGGGUCCAGGUCCAGCUGCGGGUGGAGAGGUCCUGAGUGGGGAGGAGGAGUUGAGUGAGGAGGAGAAGACCAGAAGGAGAGCAGAGAGACGCAGGGCUAAGAGAAAGAGACAGAAAGAACGAAAGAAACUGGAGAAGAGCGCGGAUGCUGAGCAGGAGGGAGUAGCGUCAGAGUCUGAGAGUGAAAGUGAGGAGGAGAAGGAGGAGGUACAGAGGGUAGUACCUCCUGCCAAGAACAUACCCACGCCUCCUCUCGCUGUGUCUGGGAAGAAGAGCAACCGCCAGCCCCCUGUCAGGACCCCAGAGGAGGAGCCAGAGUGGGACGUCCGCAGUGCGUUUGUGGCCAACGCUGCCAGUCACAUCAGACCCAAAGCCAGGACCAGUGCAGGCCGCGCCUCUAGAGAGAACAAGGAGAACGAGGCUAGGACCAGCGAGGUGCGGAGGGCUGGACACACACAUGCAUGUUCAUACACACACACACACAUGCCCAUACACAAGGGUAUUCAGUUGUUUAAGCAGGGCCAGUACUCUCAGGCUGUGGACAUGUUCUCUGAGGCUAUCCACUGUGACCCCAAAGACCACAGGUUCUUUGGGAAUCGUUCACACUGCUACUGGUGUCUGGAGCUCUACCCCUCUGCCCUAUCAGACGCUCAGAUGUCCAUCCAGCUCGCCCCUGAUUGGCCAAAGGGAUACUUCCGCAAGGGGAGUGCACUGAUGGGGUUAAAGCGGUAUGGUGAGGCAGAGAGGGCCAUGCAGCAGGUGUUGAAGCUGGAUCAGGACUGUGAGGAGGCCUCCAUUGAGCUCUUCAACUGCCAGGUCCUGCAGCUCAUGGAUCUGGGUUUUGAGGAGGGGCAGAGUGUGUUGCUGUUGGAGAAGUUUACCACGGUGCAGGCUGCUCUCGGCUCCCCUGAGGCUGACAGAGUGGUGGACCUCUCCUCCCCUGAGGACUCUACUGGGUCCCCCUGUCCCUCUCUCUGGGUGGGGAACGUCACCGUGGACCUUACUGAGAAACACAUAUGGGACCUUUUCAAAACGUGUGGGGAAAUAGAGAGUAUCAGAGUUCUACAUGAGAGAUUCUGUGCCUUUGUCAACUUCAAGAAUGCCAACAUGGCCGCUCGCGCCUUGGAGAGGCUCCAGGGUGUGGAGCUGGAGAGCACCAGGCUGGUAAUCAGGUACCCAGACCGCUGGAUGCAGAGAACCCCUCCCUCUCCUCAGAGGACCAACCCUACAGGCCUCAACACCUCCUCAGCCUCCCAGUACGCCUCCACAGGGACCAGGAGGAUGGCUCCCAUCAAUGGUGACGAGUGUUUCUUCUGGAGGACCACCGGCUGUUUCUAUGGUGACAAGUGUCGCUUCAAACACAAGCCCGACCAGAAAGGAAGAGACAGGAAACCAUGGCAACCCUGACCACCACGCAGUGACUGGAUAGUAGAGAGGGAGGAGAAUGAUGAAGAUUAAGGAAGAGGAUGAGGGACUGUGUCCCUACUUUAAAAGGGAACAGGAUGCUUGGGGGGGUGUCACCCCGUUUGUAGUCCUCUGGCACAGACCACAGAUCCAAGACAGAACACUAGACAUAUAGAAUGAGUGUGUGAAGUGUCAAUCAAAGUGAAGAGGAGUGAACCUCUGAUUUCCUUCCCCCUCUCCCUCAGCCUGAGCUGUGAAACAUGGAAAUUACUUCAUCAUUAGAACUUGAAGGGAUCUUUGCCCAGUGAACCUCCUCUAUGAUGACCAUGUUGUAGACACUAAGGGGGCUGACAUCUGUUGUUAUCAUGUGUUUAACUGUAUGUAUGGUCAUGUGACCUGAACGUGUGACCCCUUGUGAUGUCACUUUGCCAGCCUGAUGCCAUAGGGUGCCAAGUAAUUGCCCCAACAGGGGAUAAAUAAUCAAUGCUUUUUAUUGAAUAUGAGGCAUGUUCCAGGCAGACUAAAUUGCACUCACCUGCCUUCUCUCACAACACAUGGAUAGGUGUUUGUUUAAGAUGUCAGCUAACCCAAUCAUGAUAUAGCAAACUGAUGUACGACUGCACAGUCAGUGACGUGGCACGCAACCAUGAGUCAGCCUGGAACGUCACCAGUGUCCAUAGGGUGUUCUAACAUCCACACUAGACCACCUUAAAUGAAACAAGUAGUGUGCUGCUGUGGAUAUUGGAACAAGACCCAUAACACCUUCCUAAUAUUGAGUUGCACCACCCCCUUUUGCCCUCAGAACAGCCUCAAUUCGUCGGGGCAUGGACUCUACAAGGUGUCGAAAGCGUUCCACGGGGAUUCUGGCCCAUGUUGACUCCAGUGCUUCCCACAGUUGUGUCAAUUUGGCUGGAUGUCCUUUUGGUGGUGGACCAUUCUUGACACACGGGAAACUGUUGAGCAUGAAAAACCCAGCAGCGUUGUAGUUCUUGAUACACUCAAAGCAGUGCGCCUGGCAUCUAAUACUGUACCCCAUUCAAAGGCACUUCAAUAUUUUAUCAUGCCCAUUCACCCUCUGAAUGGCACACAUUCACAAUCCAUGUCUCAAAUAUCUUAAUGGUUAAAAAUCCUUCUUUAACCUGUCUCCUCCCCUUCAUCUACACCGAUUGAAGUGGAUUUAGCAAGUGACAUCAAUAAGGGAUCAUAGCUUUCACCUGGAUUCACCUGGUCAGUUAAUGUCAUGGAAAUAGCAGGUGUUCCUAAUAUUUUGUACACUCAGUGUUUGUUUGGUGGACUAAUACCUGUCUGUUCAGUGGACUAAUACAUGUAUGUUCAGUGGACUAAUACAUGUCUGUUCAGUGGACUAGUACAUGUCUGUUCAGUGGACUAAUACAUGUAUGUUCAGUGGACUAAUACAUGUAUGUUCAGUGGACUAAUACAUGUAUGUUCAGUGGACUAAUACAUGUAUGUUCAGUGGAAUAUUACAUGUCUGUUCAGUGGACUAAUACAUGUCUGUUCAGUGGACUAAUACAUGUCUGUUCAGUGGACUAAUACAUGUCUGUUCAGUGGACUAAUACAUGUCUGUUCAGUGGACUAAUACAUGUCUGUUCAGUGGACUAAUACAUGUCUGUUCAGUGGACUAAUACAUGUCUGUUCAGUGGACUAAUACAUGUCUGUUCAGUGGACUAAUACAUGUAUGUUCAGUGGACUAAUACAUGUAUGUUCAGUGGACUAAUACAUGUAUGUUCAGUGGACUAAUACAUGUAUGUUCAGUGGACUAAUACAUGUAUGUUCAGUGGACUAAUACAUGUAUGUUCAGUGGAAUAUUACAUGUCUGUUCAGUGGACUAAUACAUGUCUGUUCAGUGGACUAGUACAUGUCUGUUCAGUGGACAAGUACAUGUAUGUUCAGUGGACUAAUACAUGUAUGUUCAGUGGAAUAUUACAUGUCUGUUCAGUGGACUAAUACAUGUCUGUUCAGUGGACUAAUACAUGUCUGUUCAGUGGACAAGUACAUGUCUGUUCAGUGGACUAAUACAUGUCUGUUCAGUGGACUAAUACAUGUCUGUUCAGUGGACUAAUACAUGUCUGUUCAGUGGACUAAUACAUGUCUGUUCAGUGGACUAAUACAUGUAUGUUCAGUGGACUAAUACAUGUAUGUUCAGUGGACUAAUACAUGUCUGUUCAGUGGACUAAUACAUGUAUGUUCAGUGGACUAAUACAUGUAUGUUCAGUGGACUAAUACAUAUUAUGUUCAGUGGACUAAUACAUGUAUGUUCAGUGGACUAAUACAUGUCUGUUCAGUGGACUAAUACAUGUAUGUUCAGUUGACUAAAGUGACAAUAUGAGGAGUACACAAUGAUUGUUUGAGAGCAUCAAUGUAAAAUGACAAUCUGUAUGUAACCCCUCACUCAGCAUGUGGGGGAGCUGGGUGUACAAAUGACUGUUUUAUUAUGUCAAACAGUUGUAUUCAUUAAUAAUAAAAUACAGUUUUAUCAAAUCA